AUGGAUGUUCUCACUCGCCAAAAGCAAGAGAAGAGGUAUGCACUGCGUCCCACUGUGUGCUGUGUAUUUUCUUCCUUCCUCAUAGUAAGCAUAUCACAGGCAUCCGUGAUCGCAACUUACAGGGCCUGGAGGGGAAGCAAGUUGGCCCUAUCACCUCGGCGGGAACUACGAUCAACCAAUAGGAGGGGCGUGAAUACUUUUUCUCCUGAAGGAAGAUUAUUUCAAGUGGAAUAUGCCAUUGAGGCUAUCAAGCUUGGUUCUACAGCCAUUGGGAUCCAGACAUCUGAGGGUGUGUGCCUAGCUGUGGAGAAGAGAAUUACCUCCCCACUUAUGGAGCCCAGCAGCAUUGAGAAAAUCGUAGAGAUUGAUGCUCACAUAGGUUGUGCCAUGAGUGGGCUAAUUGCUGAUGCUAAGACUUUAAUUGAUAAAGCCAGAGUGGAGACACAGAACCAUUGGUUCACGUACAAUGAAACAAUGACAGUGGAGAGUGUGACCCAGGCUGUGUCCAAUCUGGCUCUACAGUUUGGAGAAGAAGAUGCAGAUCCAGGUGCCAUGUCUCGUCCCUUUGGAGUAGCGCUGUUAUUUGGAGGAGUUGAUGAGAAAGGACCCCAGCUAUUCCAUAUGGACCCAUCUGGGACCUUUGUACAGUGUGAUGCUCGAGCAAUUGGCUCUGCUUCAGAGGGUGCCCAGAGUUCCUUGCAAGAAGUUUACCACAAGUCUAUGACCCUGAAAGAAGCCAUCAAAUCUUCACUCAUCAUUCUCAAACAAGUAAUGGAGGAGAAACUGAACGCAACUAACAUAGAGCUAGCCACAGUGCAGCCUGGCCAGAAUUUCCACAUGUUCACAAAGGAAGAACUUGAAGAGGUUAUCAAGGACAUUUAAAGAAGCAUGAUCUUCAGAACUUCUGGGACAAUUUCAGUUUUCGCAAUUGCCCUUAAGUUUUAUUUCCAGCUCCUUUUUCUUAGAAAAUCUCCAGUGUAUGUGCAUUUUUUAAAAUGAUAUCUGUACAUAAAGGCAACUCUUAAAUAAAAAGAAUUUAAAAAUAAAAA